UGCGGUCGGUAAACUCUUUCCUUUCUGCGGGCAGCCUAUCAAAUCGGAUCACGUAUUUUGGAAUAUGUCGUUACAUCAUGUACAUGUAUUCGCCUUUCCAUUAUUUUUGAUGUUCCUGCUCGUGCCCGGAUAGAGAAUGGGCACGACUCCCCCUCUCCCCGUUCUACCGUCCAAACAGGCCGGCCGUUCUAAGUUCCGGGGUUGGGUCGGAUAGGACCAGAUCCAAUCGGAUCUGAUCGUAGCUUCGAGUUCAGGUGCCGUACUGCGGCCGGACCGGAAAGGAGGGGGACAGCGAACCUCCUGCCAAGAGGCCAAGGUUGCUUGCUAACUCUCAGCCACUUGUUAGAAGGAAGUGCAGCUUGAUUGUCGGGGGGAAUCAACGGGAAGGAAAAAAGAAGGUAGAUUAUUCUAUUCUAUUUCCUCCUUUGGUAAGGAUUGGCUUUUUGUUCAAGGGUAUGUUAAAAACCAUCGUCUUUUCUUUGUUUGUAUCACCGAGACACCCGAAGGGCCGGCCAUAUGUACCUCGGGAGCCCCGGCCCAUUCAAAUCAAAAUAGAACGAGCACCUACGACUAAGGGGAAUGGAAUGUCGACCACAGGGUGAGAGAAUCUUAUAAUACGAGGGCUAGUGACUGGUCAAGUCAUUAAACUUAGUCAUUUUGAUCAACAUGGCUGCAAGUGGACUGGGUUUAUGGGGUUAAACUGACUACGACCAAAGUCGUGGCUACUUCAACCAAAAAAAGGGCGACCCCCUAUUCAAACCAAAAGAAGUACCUCACCUCACUUACGAAGAAGUUGUUGGAGCUGGGCUCCGAACUAUGAGAGUUUGCUUUUUCUCUUUCUCAGAGCGGUCUGAUCAAAUAGGGGAUCAGACCACUCCUGGUGUUUUAACUAGUCAUUAAUGGUCGGCUUAAUUAGUACCCUUUCGGUAUGUGUUGCGAACACUUUCAUUUUUAGCCUCUCAUCUUCUCUAGAGAAGCAAAACUCGAACGGAUAGAACAGAUGGUCCAACUACAUAACUUUUUCUUUUUCAUUACUUCCGUGGUCGUGCCUCGUGGCACGGCAGCACCCGUACUAUUGAAAUGGUUCGUCAGUAGAGAUGUUCCCACAGGUGCCCUUUUUUCCAAUGGUACUAUAAUUCCUAUUCCUAUCCCUUCAUUCCCUCUUUUGGUCUAUCUACAUUCCAGGAAAUUCAUACGCUCCGCGGACGGAGCAAAAAGUGGAGUCUUGGUCAGAGCAAGCCGCCCUAUUCUAUUACCAGACAUAAUUGGGAGAAGCUCAUCCGAAACUAGAGCUAGAAACGCUUUAUUUCGUUUCGUUCCCGUUCUUCAUUUCCUUCUUCUCGAAUCCAAGGGGGACUUGUCAUAUUUAGAAUCUUUCUGCAGUGUGCUCCGUUUACUAUUCUUUCGUACUUUCUUCUUUUUACCACGCGAUAGGUCAGCGAAGCCUGAGCGGGCGCGGAGAAGGAAAGGCCAAACACUUCGGCCUAACGGGAAUGAGCAACGACGAAAUGAGAUGAUGAGGUGCCUCGGGCACCCCCAUUUAGAAAGAAGGGUCGAAGGUUUUGGGCCUGUAGCUUUCCCUGUCCCCCUUUCGUCAGGCGGUGCUUGUGUGGAGGGUGCGCCACCUGAAAUCGGGCUUGAAGCUCUCACCUUACCAACAAGCCGAGAGCUGAUGGCUGUUGGUCACGACUACUAUCAAAAAGUUCCUAUGAAGAUGAAUAUUUCACAUGGAGGAGUGUGCAUCUUUAUGUUGGAUGUUCUUCUGUCGUGCGACCCGGUGGCUUAUGUGCGACCUGUGGCCCACACCUCCUAUUUGUUCAGGGCGGGCGGCAUGAACUCUGAUUCGAUCCGAGUAUUCAAUCCCGCCGCUGAGAUGCUCAGUUGCCUUCUUAACCUUGAUAGGAAUAUGGAUUAUUCAAUAAUUCGUGCAUAAGGGUAAGGAACUUUGGAUGAACUAAUGCGAAUGGGUGUAAGCCUCGCUGCUCGAAAACACCCAGUGCUGACCACACUAAGAGACACGAAAGCGUAGGUAAUGCCAGUUGGCGAA